CCUGACCCGGAAGUGACGUCAGCGGGCCGUCAGACUGUUGAUGUUUUGUGCUCAAGCUCUCGACCGGGAAGACGAGACGUUUUUUUUCACCUUGUUUGUCGCUUUCGCGUCCAAACGUCGACGAGGAUCCUCGGCUUGUUCGCUGCUUCUUCCUCCUCGACGUUAGCUCCAUGUUUAGAGGCUAGCGGCCCAACCGAAGGCCCGACGCAGCGAAUCUUUUGAUCCAAAAAGGCAGGACUCGUCGCCCUCUGCCCCCUCCCUCCCUCCUCCCCCGUCCUCCCCCCUCCCCGCACCACCAUGACGAUCCUGCCCAAAAAGAAGCCCAGCUCCGGGGUCGGGGUCGCGGAUCACGCCGAUGACAGCGACCGGCGGAGCGGCGCGGACCCUCACCAGCACCCGCACCCUCACGCGGGGAGGACCGGAGCCCGACCACGGGCUUCCCCUCCGCCGUGGUCCUACCAGCCCGCGCCGCCGUCGGCCAGGGACGAGCGGCGGAGCAUCGAGGCGAGCUCGCGGCCGCAGCAGGCCUCUCCGACGCCUGGUGGCUCCGUGGCCUCCGCGGGGCCGGGCGACGGUCGGGACGGCGGCGGAGGCGGCAUGGUGGCGACCUCUCGCGGGGAACUGGUAGUGCAGGCCGGCGUGGUGGGCUGCGGAGGGAGUAUCGGCGGCUGCUGCUCCGGGCCCGGACUGAGCAAGAGGCGGCGGCAGGCGGGCACCUGCUCCGGCGCGGUGGUGGCGGCUCUUGCCGGAGGGGGCCAGCCCGGCGUGAGCGGCCCCGGCUCCAGCCAGGACCAGGACGAGGGAGCCGGCAACAAUAGCGAAGACGAGUACGAGAACGCCGCCCGCUUGCAGGCCGUGGACCCGGCCACCGCUGAGCAGCAGGAGCACUGGUUUGAAAAAGCUCUGCGGGACAAGAAAGGUUUCGUUAUAAAGAAAAUGAAGGAGGACGGAGCAUGUCUCUUCAGAGCUGUGGCUGACCAGGUAUAUGGCGAUCAAGACAUGCACGAAGUGGUGAGGAAACACUGCAUGGACUACCUGAUGAAGAACGCAGACUAUUUCUCCAACUACGUUACGGAGGACUUCACCACAUACAUCAACAGGAAGAGGAAAAACAAUUGCCAUGGUAACCACAUUGAGAUGCAGGCCAUGGCUGAGAUGUACAACAGGCCGGUGGAGGUGUAUCAGUACAGCACAGAGCCAAUCAACACCUUCCACGGCAUUCACCAGAAUAAUGAUGAGCCCAUCCGAGUGAGCUACCACCGCAACAUCCACUACAACUCUGUGGUGAACCCCAACAAGGCCACCAUUGGCGUGGGGCUGGGCCUACCUGCCUUCAAGCCGGGGUACGCAGAGCAGUCUCUGAUGAAGUCGGCCAUCAAGACGUCGGAGGAGUCAUGGAUCGAACAGCAGAUGUUGGAGGACAAGAAGCGAGCCAGCGAUUGGGAAGCCACGUGCGAGGCCAUCGAGGAACAAGUGGCCAGGGAGUCCUACCUGCAGUGGCUGCGCGACCAGGAGAAGCAGGCCCGACAGCCCAGGAAAGCCAGCGCUACCUGCAGCUCAGCCACAGCGGCAGCCUCCAGUGGCUUAGAUGACUGGACCGCUCGGUCGCCACGGCAACGGGACGCUGACCCGUCCCACUCAGACCUGACGAGCGCCACGUCGACGGUCAUCAAGCCCCCUUCGCCCGCAGGCGCUGCCCUCAUCCUUAACAAACCGCCCUCACCGUGUGCGCCAGGUCCCAGUAAUCCCAGUCGUCAUCAUUUAGAGUACAGAGCCAUCAUGCAGGAGAUGUCACCUACAGCGUUUGGUCUGACCGACUGGGAGGACGAUGAGAUCCUGGCAUCGGUCCUAGCCGUGUCCCAGCAGGAAUAUUUGGACAGCAUCAAACAUCAGAGCGGCACCAUGCAGCAUCGAGAGCGCGAAGCAUCACCCGACAGCAGCUGAUGGACACACACCCACACACAUGAUCUAUGACCCUUCACCUGUCACCUUUGACCCACAAAAGAUCGCCAGGGACACAUUCGACCCAAAAGAAAGAAAUGCAGUUAUUUUCUCCUCAUCUUUCCAUUCCUUCCUUCUCUCCGUCAUCAUCUUGUCAUCAUGGAUCUUCCAAGCUUCACUGUCACCGAGCAACACGCUAACUACAUGCCAACUGACUACACCAGUCAUGUCAAGUUAGCUUAUAAAACACAGAUCACUUGUUGAAGGAGCCGUGUCGUUGCCGGCACGUCGACGAUUACACGUCAUGUAUGAUCGAAAACAUGUUGCGUCCAAUGAUCGGUGUCGUCACAUGACUUCACUUUUAUCGUAUUUAUUUAUUCUGGUUUGCACAUGUGCAGUCAAAGCUGUAUAUUCAGAAACGCUCACAGAUAGCUUUCCGCAAACCUAGCGCGGUGUUAGCCGCUAGCAGUUAGCUGGGACAAAGGGAACUUUAUACCAAGUUAACAUGUGUUCAAGGUUCUACUUAAGUUCAGUGAAAUAGCAAAACUCCAAUGAUGGCCAAGUUAAAAAAAAAAAAAGGAAAUACUAUUUUUUAACUUUACUAUUGGGUUAGCAUUAGCACUCAGGCUAACUUUGUCGUCAGCUGAAUUUAUGCUGAUCUUUUGGGCUUCAAAAAACAGGCCUCCUUGUGCUAAUUGCUAUUGAUCAUGUAGCACAAUGACGUGUGAGCGAGGCCGGCGGCGGCGUGUCCUAGCCUCAUGCUACGUUAGCAUGUUGUCAAAGUUAACGCCUGGAGUCUUACUGUUGUACAAUUUAAAGUACUUCCUAUUGUACACUUUAAGUACUUCCCUGUCCUCAGCCAGUGUGUUUACGUUCUAUCAUCAGCUCUGAAACAUUUUAAAAACAUAACAUUAGCUCUUCCUCUAAAUAACCGCCUUCAUUCUCAUCAUCAUCAUCAUCACAGAGUUCUUAGCUGCAUGUUUGAUCACGACCAAUAUCGCCAUGGAGACAAAGUGAUAAAUGAGAGAAAAAAACGUAGACAAUUGUCAUACUUAUCCUCUUGCUGAUUGAUUAUUGUUGUUAUUAAUAAUACAAGUUGUUUUAUUUCAUCGCUUGAGAUGAAAAUAACUUUUUCUUGGAAUAAAAAGUGGAAAACGUUUCUGACAAAACUUGAGUUUUAUUUAAAAGCUGCGUGAUGACGUCAGACUCGUUUUUACUUGUUAGCGGUGAUGAAAGGGUUGGAGCUCAAUAGCCAAUAG